UUGUGUUAUGAGGAUGUCAGGAGUGGUUGUUUCUUCAAUAUUUGCGAAAAUAAGGUGUUUUCCGUUCUUAUUUUGAGCUUUAUCUGCUGGUAACUAUCGAAGAGAGAAUGGCGGAAGAGUCAGCGGUUAAAGUGUGCGUUAGAGUGCGCCCGCUUGUUGCGAGGGAGGAAAGUGCGGCUCCAGACAGCGCAGAACCUGUCCAGCUGUUCUGGAAAGCCGACAAAAAAACUAUUCACCAGAUCGAUGAUGGGAAUUCCAGCGGGAAUUCCAGCAAGAGCUUUAGUUUUGACCGAGUGUUUGCUGCUGAAGAAUCAACCAAUCAGCUGUACCAGAAUAUUGCUAAACCUCUGCUUGUUUCCACUGUGGGGGGAUACAAUGGAACUAUUUUUGCUUAUGGGCAAACAUCCUCUGGAAAGACAUUCACCAUGAUGGGGAGUGAGCGUGUCCCUGGCGUGAUUCCUCUCGCGGUUGAAGACGUCUUCCAAACUAUCAAGAAUCUUCCGAAGAAGGAGUUCCUUCUCAGGGUGUCGUACAUGGAGAUCUACAACGAGACUGUGACUGAUCUUCUUGUGGACAGUUGGAAGAGAAAACCCUUGGAAGUCAGGGAGGGAAUCAACAAAAACAUCUAUGUGGCUGAUUUGAGCGAGGAGCUGGUUACAUCCACAGCGCAAGCUCUGGCCUGGAUUCGGAAAGGAGAAAAAAACCGUCACUACGGAAAGACCAAAAUGAACCAGCGAAGCAGCCGCUCACACACCAUAUUUCGUAUGAUUCUGGAGAGCAGAGAACGGAGUGACCCGGCGUCUGGUGAAAAUGCUGACGGAGCCAUUAUUGUUUCCCAUUUGAACUUGGUGGAUCUUGCUGGAUCUGAGAGGGCGAGUCAGACCGGAGCUGAAGGUACACGUUUCAAAGAAGGGUGCAAUAUCAACCGCAGUUUGUUCAUGCUCGGCCAGGUCAUCAAGAAACUAACUGAUGAAAACCAGAAGGGUUUUACUAACUAUAGAGACAGCAAGCUCACCCGUAUCCUGCAGAACUCCUUGGGUGGGAAUGCAAAGACGGUCAUCAUCUGCACCAUCACUGCUGCCUCUCUAGACGAGACCCUCAGCACUCUUCAGUUUGCAAGCACUGCAAAGAAGAUGAAGAACGACCCUCAUGUGACCGAGGUGUCGGACGAUGGAGCGUUGCUCAAAAGAUAUCGCAACGAAAUCGUAGACCUAAAGCGGCGACUUCAAGAGGUUUCUUCAGUCACGCAGACGACAGCCACAGAGAAGGAGGUUCUGUCCCAGCUGAUCCAGGAAAAGGAUCAGCUCCAGAGAGAACAGCAAGACCGGAUCAGAAAUCUGACAAAACUUCUGGUCACCAGUUCAAAUCUGGUCCCUGUCCACAGGGUGCCCAAACGCAGGGUGACCUGGGGAGGGAAGAUGCUCCGACUCGCCCAUCCUUCGGCCUGUGACGACGACGACAGCAGCUCUGAUCACAGUUUUGCAGAAUCCUUUCAGCGAAAGAGGAAAGCAGACCGCUCCUAUUUGGUGGAGCUUAAUGAAGAUGAUGAGGACUUUGAUUCUCACUGGGGGAUUCCUGAGGAGCCGGCGGACGACAUGGAGAUGAGUCAGAACUCUGUGACUGUUCGGAGCUUUGGAGACAGUCCCAGAGAUUUUGUCUCUCCCGGCCGGGAGCACGAGCUAUCGGAGAACUCAUCCAACCUUCAGCUGAAGCUGGAAACAGAGACUCUGCAAAGAGAGGCGGCCAUGAGAGAUGUAGAAACUUUGAAUGGUCGAGUGGCAGAGCUGCAGCUGCAGCUUCAAAUAGAGGCUCAACAGAAACAAGAAGCCCUGGAAAAAAUGCAGACGACAGAGCAAAAGUUAACACAGUUGGAGAUUCAGUUGGAAUCUGACACGCAGCAGAAGCUGGAGACCUCGGAAAAAAUUCAGUUAGAACAGAGAGUUGCAGAGCUGGAGAUGCAACUGCAAACUGCAGCUCAGCUAGAAGUGGGGUCUUUGAAGGAAAUGCAAACGGACCAAAGGGUGGCAGAGCUGGAGAUGAGUCUGGAAACCGAUGCUCGGCAGGAGCUGGAACCUUUGCAGGAAAUACAGACAGAUCAGAGGGUGGCAGAGCUGGAGAUGCAACUGCAAACAGAAGCUCAGCAGAAGCUGGAGGUUAUUCAAUGCCUGGAGUUCAGGGUUGCAGAUCUGGAGAGGCAGCUAGAAGAACAGAGCCGCAAUGAAGCUGACAAACAGAUGAAUAGAGAUUUUGCAGAGACCAUUCAGCUGUGUGAAAACUUGGCUUCAGAGAAGGACGAGGUAGUUGCCGAGCGCGACUACCUGAAACAAGAGCUGGGAAUGUUCAUAGAGCAGACUGAAAGUUUAGAGAAGGAGCUGGCGGUCCUAUCCAAGGAACUGAAGGAGAGGAAGGAUUUGGAUGAGUUCAAAUCUCUGGAGGAAGAGUUCAGGAACGAGCAAGAGAGUGAGUUUAAAAAGGAAAUUUCUAGUCUAAAGAAGGUUGUCGACUCUUACGAGGUCCAGAACCUGGAGCUUCAGACUAAACUACAAACUGUGUCUGGGGAGCUGGAAAAGAAAAUUGAAUUUGCAGAGGAUCUUCAGAAAAUGAGUGGUAAAGACUUGGUGCAAGAGGUGGCGAAGCUUCGCCGCUCUCUGGAUGACGCAGAGGGGAUCAGCAGGGACACCAAGAAGGAAUGGGCCUUCCUCCGUAGUGAAAACAUUGCUUUGAAGGAGCAGAAUAUGAACCUGACUGAAAACCAUGGGAAGAUGGAGGCAGAGCUGAACAGCCUGCAGGUUCAUCUGGAGAAAGAGCAAUCGCGCUACAAGAAGAUGCAGACGGAUCUCCAAAAAGAGCUGAAUAUUGCAUUUGAUGAAAACACCAAGCUCACCACCCUGCUGGAUGGCAAAGUUCCCCAAAAUUUGAUAGACAGCUUGCAGCUUGAGAGAACCGUGGCCGACCUGAAUAGAGAGCUGACGGCGUCCAAUCAGGCAAAGGAAGCACUCGGGGCUCAGCUGGAACAACUGGCUUCACUUCAGACUCUUCCAGAAAAAGUGGACAGCUUGACAGGACAGUUAUGUAAUUUGACAGAAGAGCUAAAUGAUGUUAAAACUCAAAGAGACGGCCUGCUCUCAGUUCGAGCUGAAGAUCAGCAAGAGUCUCAGAAGCUCAGAGAGUCUUUACAUACGUCUCAAGAAGAGGUUUUGAACAUUCAAGCAGAGCUUGGAGCGUCUGCUCUCAGAGAGACGGAGCUGGAACAGCAGCUGGAUUCACUCCACUCAGACCUGGAGCGAUCUGGUGCCGAGAGGAGUCGGCUCGAGGCUUCUCUCCAAGAGAUGGAUGGAAAGGCCACAGAGACACGGGUUCUUGUACAGAAUCUACAGGAGGAGCUCCAAGAACAGACGCAGAAGCACUCCGACCUGGAGGAACUCCUGGAGCAGAAGGAGUCUGAACUAAAGGAACAUGUGCAGCGGCUGUCACAGGAACUUGAGUGUGUGCAGAAGGAGAAGGAGACUCUGCAGGCUGCCGGCGCUCACACCUCUGCAGAGGAGCUGCUUUCUACUGUAGCUUCUCUCACUGAAGAGCGAGACCAGCUCAAACUGGACAUGCAGGAGAAUGUGGACAUGAUGAUUGAGAACCAGGAGGAGCUCAGGACAGCACUGGAGAAGAAUCGGGAGCUGAUUAAACAGAUCAAACUCCUGGAGUCUGCACAAACCUCGACACCGGAUGGACUAACAAGUGAUAUAAAGUCACAGCUGGAUGAGCUGCAAGUAAAUAUGAAGACACUGACUGAGGAGCUUGACGGUGUUCGCGGAGAGAGAGAUGGACUGCUCGCCGAGAGGGAAGUGAGCGUUCAGUCGUCCAAGGGGACCGUGGAGAAGAUCACGUCUCUUACCGAAGAGAGGGAUCAGCUGCUGGAGAUACUGGAGGGACUCCGACUGGAGAAGAAGCAGCUGAAAGACGAGAUGGAGGAAAGAAUGGAGAUGAUGCAGUGUGAGUUUCAGCAGCAGAAAACUUCUAAGCCACAGCCAUGGACAGAAGAGCAGGAGACUCAGCAACAUCUGCAGAUCCAACAACUUGAGGAGCAUUUGGAGAUUGCUAGAAAGGAGGUGAACCAGCUAAAGUCCAACCUUCAAGAAAAUACAGAGCUGAUGAGUGAAACUCAGGAGAAGCUGCAGGCGUCACAGGGGGAGACCAAAGUUCUGCAAGAAGAGAUCAGCGUUCUGAGGAGUCAGACUUCAGAACUGGAAAGCAAACUAAGCCAAGGGAACGACUCAUGCACGACCAUCCAGAGUCUGACGGAGCAGCUGGAGAGUUUGCGAGCAGAGAGAGACUUCCUGUUGUCUGAGAGGACGGCCAGCUCUUCCCAAGAGGAGGUGGAGAAGCUGCAGCACAGACUGGAGUCUCUCAGCCAGGAGAGGGAUGAGCUGCAGGAGCUUCUGGAUGGGCUGAGACAAGAGAGACGAGAGUUCAGAUCAGAGUCGGAGGACAGGAUCCAAAUGCUGCAGGCUGAGAUGAGUGAAACUCAGGAGAAGCUGCAGGCGUCACAGGGGGAGACCAAAGUUCUGCAAGAAGAGAUCAGCGUUCUGAGGAGUCAGACUUCAGAACUGGAAAGCAAACUAAGCCAAGGGAACGACUCAUGCACGACCAUCCAGAGUCUGACGGAGCAGCUGGAGAGUUUGCGAGCAGAGAGAGACUUCCUGUUGUCUGAGAGGACGGCCAGCUCUUCCCAAGAGGAGGUGGAGAAGCUGCAGCACAGACUGGAGUCUCUCAGCCAGGAGAGGGAUGAGCUGCAGGAGCUUCUGGAUGGGCUGAGACGAGAGAGACGAGAGUUCAGAUCAGAGUCGGAGGACAGGAUCCAAAUGCUGCAGGCUGAGAUCGGGGAGCUGAACGUGUCUCUACAGACGGUUACGGAGCAACGGAGGUUGUUGGAGGACGACCUGCAGAAUAACAUUAAAGAGAUCCAACAACUUGAGGAGCAUUUGGAGAUUGCUAGAAAAGAGGUGAACCAGCUAAAGUCCAACCUUCAAGAAAAUACAGCGCUGAUGAGUGAAACUCAGGAGAAGCUGCAGGCGUCACAGGGGGAGACCAAAGUUCUGCAAGAAGAGAUCAGCGUUCUGAGGAGUCAGACUUCAGAACUGGAAAGCAAACUAAGCCAAGGGAACGACUCAUGCACGACCAUCCAGAGUCUGACGGAGCAGCUGGAGAGUUUGCGAGCAGAGAGAGACUUCCUGUUGUCUGAGAGGACUGCCAGCUCUUCCCAAGAGGAGGUGGAGAAGCUGCAGCACAGACUGGUGUCUCUCAGCCAGGAGAGGGAUGAGCUGCAGGAGCUUCUGGAUGGGCUGAGACAAGAGAGACAAGAGUUCAGAUCAGAGUCGGAGGACAGGAUCCAAAUGCUGCAGGCUGAGAUCGGGGAGCUGAACGUGUCUCUACAGACGGUUACGGAGCAACGGAGGUUGUUGGAGGACGACCUGCAGAAUAACAUUAAAGAGAUCCAACAACUUGAGGAGCAUUUGGAGAUUGCUAGAAAGGAGGUGAACCAGCUAAAGUCCAACCUUCAAGAAAAUACAGAGCUGAUGAGUGAAACUCAGGAGAAGCUGCAGGCGUCACAGGGGGAGACCAAAGUUCUGCAAGAAGAGAUCAGCGUUCUGAGGAGUCAGACUUCAGAACUGGAAAGCAAACUAAGCCAAGGGAACGACUCAUGCACGACCAUCCAGAGUCUGACGGAGCAGCUGGAGAGUUUGCGAGCAGAGAGAGACUUCCUGUUGUCUGAGAGGACGGCCAGCAUUUCCCAAGAGGAGGUGGAGAAGCUGCAGCACAGACUGGUGUCUCUCAGCCAGGAGAGGGAUGAGCUGCAGGAGCUUCUGGAUGGGCUGAGACAAGAGAGACGAGAGUUCAGAUCAGAGUCGGAGGACAGGAUCCAAAUGCUGCAGGCUGAGAUCGGGGAGCUGAACGUGUCUCUACAGACGGUGACGGAGCAACGCAGGUUGUUGGAGGACGACCUGCAGAAUAACAUGAAAGAGUUAUCUUCAACACAAGAUCUUCUGAAGAUGGUCCAAGAGGAGCUUUGUGAACAGAGAAACACGAAUGCUGACUGGCAACAUUUAAAUCAGGAGAAGGAGAGUUCUUUGGCUGAAAAGGUGAGGACUUUGGAACAGAAAUUGGAGAGUGCCGAGGCAGAGAGACGGGCUCUGCUGUCUGGCAAAGAGACCAACGACCAGACUGUCACCGAGGAGAAGGAAUCAAACCAGCGACUGCAGCAAAGCGUGAAGUCUCUCACCGAGGAGAGAGAUCAGCUCCAGGACCGGCUGGGAAGACUAGGCCAGGAAAAGCUGCAGCUCCAGGAGGAGCAGGGGGACAUGAUGGCAACGCUACAAACCGAGGUGCAGCAGCUCGAGGAGCAAGUGAAAAUAUGCAAAGAGAAACAUGCUCAUGCUGAAGCUGAAGCAGAAGCAUCUCAACAGUUGCUAAGUGAAGCCAAUGCAACCGUCUCAGCCCUCAAAGGGCAGCUGAACACCUUAGAGCAGAGACGUGAACAAUGUAGGGAGAUGGCAUCAGCUCUGCUGCAGAGCUCCACUCGUCAGCUUCAGGAAUCCUUUGGAAAAUUCCAGCAGUUCAUCGACACGUCCUCCAGGUAUAACUCCACCCCCCUGGACAAGUCUCUCAGGGUGCAGAGUUUUCUGAAGAACAGUUAUUUGACCACUCUUCCAAAACCCACCAUGGAUGCUUAUGAUGCCGUUUGUCAACUGGGAUUGCAGACUACUCAGAAUUUGAUGAAAAUGCAGGAACAACUGUUGGUGCAAUCUGUUGGCUACAAGAAGAUGUUUGAGGAGUUGGUGCAGAAAGAUUUAGCCACUUUUGAAGAAAAAAGAAUGCAGGACCUGCUGCAGUGCAGAGUGCAGGCGCCGAGCUACUCCGUCAAAGACGAAGACUUCGCCGCACUCUGGAAACACGCACUGAAUGAACUUGAGGACAAACGUCAGAUUUACCUCCAGAAAAUCGAUUGUAGUUUGAAGAAGCUCCGGGCCAACAUGACUUCCUACCUCACCCAGCUGAGGGCUGAGAUCCAUGAGAGGGAGAAGUUCAAGCAGCAGCUGCAGGCCGUGGUGGCCGACCAGCCAGCUGGCUUCACCGAGCUGGAGGAUGUUCUAGCACAAGAGCUGGCCCGCCGAUCUGCCAGGAUGCAAAGCAAUAACAUGCCUUUGCAGAUCACUAUCGAUGAGCACAAUGCUCUCUUUGAGGAAUUAAAGCAGCUGGAUGUUCAAGCUGAUUUUCAGCUUAGAGAAGAGAAAAGCAAGAACUCCACUCUGCUGAAGGCCUUGGAGGGGGUUCCCCUAAAAACUGAACUGUCCCUGCUGAAAGACAACCAACACCUGGCACUUGAGCUCCAACAUUCACAAGAAAACAUCAAAGGUCUCCAUGUACAAAUUGAACAGUUGGAGGGGGAACGAAGAAAAGCAAGCAACAGGGUAUCGAACCACAAGGAGGCCACGCACCUGUUACAGACGGAGCUGCAGGACAGCCGCGCUCUUGUUGAGGAGAAGGACGGCACAAUCCAAGCCUUGGAAAGGAAACUACGAGAGUCUGAGAAAAGAGUACCACCCGGUGCAGCAGAGAUGGAGCAGCUGCAGAACAAGCUGUUCAAAAUGGAGCUGAAGCUCACUUCAGUAGUGGAGGAAAAUGAAAAGAAAAUACAAAGGAUGAACCACCUUUUGAGUGAAAAGGAACAGUCACUUCGGAAGCUGAAGGAAGUUCUGAGGAAGUCGCAGCAGCAAGGAGAGGAUUCUGUCCUGCAGGGGGAGGAUGUUCAUGCCAGGCUGACCAACCCCAGAGGCGUGCUCAUUAAGAGCAGCGUUGUGAUGGAAAAGACCAAGCUGGAAGAGGAAGUUGGACAUCUUAAACUAAAAAUCACUGAGCUAGAAAGCUUGGUGUCUAGCCAGCAGGCAGAAAUCAGUAAGUGGAAGAACAGAGCCAUCAAGCUGAAAGUGAAGACCAAAGCUGAUCUGGACAAGCUUUCAUCCACCUGCACUCCCACCAAGAGAGACUUCCAGAUGACUGCACACCCUACCGACCUCAUGAGCCCAACCAAAAAGUUCCUGCUUGCUUCCAAGAGGGCCCCGGACUCCCCCCUGAAGGUGCUGGGGUCCCCCCUGAAGGUGCUGGGGUCCCCCAGGAACACGCUGGACUCCCCGACGGUCUCGCUGACCAAGUCCCCCAAGAGCAGCUUCUUCAGUUCCGAAGGAAGCUCCGAUCUGCUGUCCAGAUCCUGUCCCAAGCAGUUCUUUGAUAACUCCGGCCUAGGAACACUUCCAGGUGCCGCUGGUGGGGCUGGAGCUGACGGAAAGGAGUGGUUGUCGCCGAAUGAGGAGAUGUGUAAAACCCAGUGAAGUCUGCAUAAGAAGUCUUUGUCCCUUUUAAAAUACUAAUUAACUAAUAAAGUGUUACGUAUUACCAUCUGUCUUAUUACUAUCUCCAUCUCCUGAUAUGGAGCGGGUCUAGGCGCUAAGAUUGCCAGCAGGGACUCAUUCCAACAAAAGCUCGGGCACCCUGUGGGAGAACGCUGUAAAAUCUAAUUGAUCACAGAAAAAGAAAAGAUAACAAGAUCAGAAACGGAAUACAAACAUUAACACUUAUUCCUUGUCAAUCACAACUUUACCCAAAAUAACACCAGUUGCUAAGUCACUUAAAGU